CUACACCCUCUCCCACUAUAUCGCGAGAGACUGAUUGGGACAGCAGGCAGAGAAAUAUUCAUAUACCUGCAACAAGAGCAGUUGCAAAGCCCUUAUGAAUAAAUAGAUAUUAUAUAAUUCAUCAAUAAGUUUAGCAUCAACAGGGGACAGCUAGACGGAGAGGAAUGAAUAUUAAUCUGAAUACUGGCAGACACACUGCCUGCUUAGCAAUACAGCCAGCUAGCUGACCAGCAGCUCAAACUUGAUAAUUUAUUAGCAGUGCUGGGUUAGCUAGUUAGCACCAGGCUAGUUCGAUAUACAGUUGUAGUUCAUGUUUUUCGGAUUUCACCCACGCCAGCGAACAAAUUGCGUGUUUUGUGCAAAAAGCUAACUGCACCGGCCUCGCGUUACACACUGGCCUGAAGAUGGUCACAAAUCCCUACCACAGGAUCCGCGCAGAGCCUUAAACCAGAGAUCACCUGAGAACUACCUUCAGCUCAUCCUGCUGCUCAUGACAUAAUUCAGUGUUACGCCCCAUACGCACGUUUACACAUUUUGUCUAGAAUGUGAACUGUUUUAGUCAAAUCCUUUUUUUUAAAUGGGGGACAACAACUAUCAUUUAUUUUUUCGGUCAGGUUUUUCAAAUUCAUGUAUACUGUAAAAGCGUAGCCUGAUGAGCAGAUCGAGCACCCCCCACGCGUAUGUUGUUCUCAACGAUCCUGACAUCUUUGAGGAUCGGCUGGUCUUAAAUUGAUCACUUGUUAGUCAUGAACGGCUCCCUCUUAACCCCGCCCAGUCCACGGGCCGCAGCUAAUUCGUCUCCCCUUCCGCCCUUCCCGUCUCCAUCGCCUUCCCCUCCAUCUCCGUCACUGCUGCCCCUCUCCACAAGACCCCCGCCCUUGCCUCCUCCAACACCUGCCACUCAGCCCUUGUCAUCGCUGUCCGACACACCCACACCAUCUCCGUCUCCCUGCCUUAGCUGGACCGAGUUCUGUGAGCUCCAUGCCCGAGUAGCCGCUGGUGACUUUGCCCGGCAUUUCCGGGCCUUCCUGCAGGAGAACCCUCAUUACUCUCCUGACUCGGCAGCUGCCUUUUGCCGCCGCUUUACAGACAGAUUCGUCCGACAUUUCGAGAGCGAGCUGGAAGGGACCGGUGUUGGUAGGGAAGGAGCGGUGAGCUGGGUUGCCCAGUCUGACGUUACGUCGCUGGAGGAGGAUGCAGCAUCUCCGUCCCUGCUGCCGGCAGAAGCCUCCACUCCAUGCCUGCCUACUCACACGCGAGCUACGCCCAAACCGGUCUUAACCCAGGAGGGCCGCGGCUCCGAGCGAUUACAGAGUGCCGGAACAUUUCAGGACUCGUAUGCUCAUACUCAGAUCCUCCCACCGUCCUCCUCUUCAUCAUGCUCUUCCUCUAUGGGCGGGAAUAACGGGCGGAGGGAGGACAGGGGAAUAGCGGUCAAACAUAACCAGCCUGGAUACAAAGACCUGGAGGAAGAGGAAGACAGCUGGGCGGGGCCUGUCGCCGGAGAGGAGGUGGAGACGGAUGUAGUAGCACGGGACAAUGAGGUUGAGGGUGAAACGACCUCAGAAAGAGCCGAUCUCAGCCAGACUCUGACACCAGCAAACUCUGCGUCAAAAGGCAAUGGGACGCCCAUCGGGGGUCACUCCAAGAAUAAACUGAAAAAGCGGUUCUCUUUGCGGAGCGUGGGCCGCAGCGUCAGAGGGAGCGUGCGGGGCAUCUUGCACUGGCGCAGCUCCUCCAGUGACUCUCCUCAGAACUGCAGCUCGGGCAAUUCCACCCCGCUUCCUUCCAGUUACAGCUACACUACAGGCCUGCAAGACGGCAAGAGGAACUCUGGCUCGCAGGGCGUUCCUACAUCUCUCCCUGUCUCUCUCUCCCUUCCCCUCUCUCUCCCUCACUCGUCGUCCUCUUCGCUGCCCCCGUCAUCCUCCAGCAGCGCCACCUCCCUCUCGCUCUCCGAGGCCCGUGACUGGCGGAGGAGCAACGGCGAAGGGGAGAAGGAGAAGUGGAGUCACCGGUUGGAGAAACUGCGACUGUCUCGCUCCCCACCUCCGACUCUGUCCGCAACAGCUCCACCCUCCUCGGCCGUGUCGCCCUUGGGGUUACCGCCGAGCAGCAUCGGUGCCCCGAGGAAGAUGGGCAGGCUGGUACGGGAGGGAGGCGUGACCGUGUGCUCGUCUUCGGAUGAGUUUGCUAGCACUCAUGGUUUCCCGGGGUUUUCCUUUGGACUGCUGCACCACGGCAUGGACAGCGCCGCGUCAGGACAUCCCACGGUCAUGGGAGGAGCUGCGGGCGGAAGGGGCAUGCGUUGGCACAAGUGCCGUCUAGUUCUGAAAGAACGAGAUAAGGACGGUGGGGACGGGGGGCUGGAGUAUUUCCUGGAGUUUUACAUCCCACCUAAGUCCUCCAAGCCCAGACUGACUGUCCCAUGCUGCUCUAUUGUUGAUGUGAGGAGCACUACAGCCAUAGAGGUGCCAGACAAAGAGAACACCUUCCUUCUACAGUUGGAAGGUCAGGUGCAGUACGUGAUCGAGACCAGAGAUGCGGUUCAGAUGAGAGCUUGGCUUAGUGACAUCAGAAACGCCAUUUGUUUAAGUGAGCAAGAGGAUGUUGAGGGAGUGUGCGGCAGUGCCCUCACCGACCUCAGCAGUACGCCAGAAUUCAACGACCGCCUGUCUCAAGUGUGCUAUGGUGGAGUUGGUGGUUCUCCUCAGCUGGAGCCCCUCCCUCCUGAGUUGCCACCCCGUGCCCCUCUUGAUGAAUCGGACAGUCGACUGCUUGGUGGGGGCGGAGCCAGUCUUGGCACACCUUUUGCAGAAACCCCUGAUGCCACAGGGUCGUUCCUGUUCUCCGAAGGCUCUGUUUCAGAGACGGUGGAACAUCCUCUGAGUGAGUGUCAGUGGUUCCAUGGCACACUCUCCCGUCUUAAAGCAGCCCAGCUGGUGCUGGCGGGGGGCAUGGCCAGCCAUGGAGUGUUCCUCGUGAGGCAGAGUGAGACACGGCGCGGGGAGUAUGUCCUCACCUUCAACUUCCAGGGCAAAGCAAAGCACUUGCGUCUUUCCCUGAACGAGGAUGGACAGUGUCGUGUGCAGCAUCUCUGGUUCCAGUCCAUUUUUGACAUGCUGGAGCAUUUCCGUGUGCACCCCAUUCCCCUUGAGUCUGGGGGUGCCUCUGAUGUCACCCUCAUCAGCUUUGUGGGGGCCACGAAUGUCCGGCAACCAGACUUGACCAGCAGACCCCGUAGUCCUCCUCAGCCGCCUCCUCCCCCUCUGCCCCCGGGACGCCCCCCGCCGCCGACCCCUCCGCAGGAGCGAGGGAGCGAGACGGAGGCCGCCGGAGGAGGCGGAGCGAGCAGCGGGGCAGAGGAGUGCGAGGAACGGGAGCGCGAGCCGCCUCUCCUCCAGCUGGAAGGGGUGGAGGGCGAGGAGCGGGAAGGAGGGCGAGCGAGAGCCAUCGACAACCAGUACUCCUUCUUCUAAAAAGGGCAAAACAACGAGGUGCGAUAGAGGAGGAAGACGAGAGCCCUUCACAAUCAGUAUUUUCAGUAUUCUCCAGCGGAAGAACUGAGCUAUUAACACUAUUAAACAUGAGCUUUCACCGUGCGAGAGAGAGAUGGAGAGAAAGAGAGAGACGCCCAAACACAUAAGCAUAUAUGAUACUGACGGUACUUUUCUUUUCUUUUUUUUUUUAAACACUAAGUAACGGUACUACACUAAAUUGGAGUGGCGUUGGUCGGCUUUCACUAAUUGGUUCUCCAGCGUUUUGUCAGUACGAAAGUUCCUCCUCUGGUGCUGCUGCAUAGGAAGGUACUCCGCUGUCGGCCCGGCCUCUGAGCUGGUGGCGCGUUUUAGCAACUUAUUUCUUAACUCAUUACAGUGUCGGACUCGCUUAUUGAUUAUUCAGAUGUCUAGUAUUCUUUGACCCUUCGCACUUAUACGAAAUAAUUUUCUUUUUCCCCUUAGGUGAGAGGAAAUUUUACUUGUUCAGAGAUUGUUACCCACCAGCACUCUUGUUGUUGUCGUUAUUAUUAUUACUACUACUACUAUUAUUAUUAUUAUUAUUAUUACUGGAGCUUUUUAAGUUGUUUUCUUUCGUUCUGCCACUGACAAACUGCGAAUGUCACAAAGUAAUAACUUUUUAUCCUGUUCAUUUCAAUUGUACUGAUUUUGCUAGUUCGGUAGCAGGCAUUGCCUCUGGCUUAACAACGUCCGGUUUUGCCAAAAACAAGCGAGCCCAGUCCUCUGAAGUCCAGUAGUGUUACUUCUUAAGGUUAAUCAGCAUAUUAAACAUCUCCAUAGACUCCAUUAUUACCUCAGAGUCCUGAUCUGUCACCCAGCUCCUCUGCUCUCCCUCUCUUUCUCCCUCUCUGUCUUCACAUCCUACCCUUCCUUUUAGCUUUACGCUCUUUGGGUUUAUUGUUGCAUUUAUUUCAAAAGCUAGAGUCCAGAGGAGGGAGAGAGAAUGUCCUUUGGUUUAAAAGAGAAAUUGUUAUUGAAUACGAAAAUGAUAAUAACUGAUGAUGAUGAUAAUAAUUAGAAUUUUAAUAAUUGUCCAAAUAAUAGUAUUAUUUUUUUGUUUGUUUCAAAAUGCCUUUAUUUUUGUUGUUGACUAUAUGAACGCAUAAUAUUUGUUCUCCAAAAUCUUUCUGGUUCUAAUUUUUUGUGCCUUUUAUAUCUCUUCUGAUCUCAAUCUGUCUCCUUCAAACUUCACUUCGGUUCCACAGAUUUCAGGAAAACUUUUGAAAAGGAAAAAAAAAAAAAAAAAGAUAAAGAGCCCCUUUCUUCUUGUGCCUUUUCGUGUUGUUAACUGUCAUUUCCUCUCGUUUUGUGCCAGUCAUUCUUGAUUUUGUGCCUCAAUCAGUCUUUUUGCGGUGUCUGCCAUCCAGUUCAGUGCCUGCAUUGGUAUUUUCCUGUUUUGUUUCUCCGGUUCUGUCUCAGCCUUUUCAGUUGUUCUCUUCUCGAUCCUACAGAUCAUUUAGUAUGAUUUGUUUUCUCUCCAUUUGCCCUGUGCUCCUCCCUUUCCCCCCUUAAUUUAAACCUCUUAUUGUGCCUUCUCUCUCUUUUCUCUUCUCUCUCUGUCUGUCUGUGCUGGGACCGUGUGUUAAGGUGGACAAUGUUGCCCACUCUGUGUAAUUAGAGUUUCAGGUACUACAUUGAAUUAAAUGAUGAUGAUAUGAUAUAAUAUAAUUAUACUGAAACAA